GGCACAAAGUCCAAAGGCAGCGCUGAGGUGACAAAGAAGCUUCAGACAGAUUAUUAUCAUGUCUGGGGUGAGUGACCAUUUGCCUACGAAGCCCAUCUCUGCGGUCGGAGUCGUCUCGUCACACAGCAAGGCUUUGGAUGACUACUAUGUUGUUGCACAAACAACAGAUGGCUCUGAUGCCGACCUGUGGAAGGACGGCUUAUUCAAAUCCAAGGUCACUCGCUACCUCUGUUUCACUACAAAACCUGGGCCUGAUGUUGUUGUGGACAUGAAGUUGACUGACAUGAAGGAUGCAUUGCCAGAGGGUUUCACACAUAUUCAAGAGACAUUGGACACAAAAGAGCCGGCAAUGAGGUAGAGGAGGCUUUGUGUGAAAAUCAGGCCACGUGCAGCUGCGGAGACGGCUGUAUAUGACAUCCAAAUCACAGCCAAAUCCAAAUAUCAUCUUGUUCACUACACCUGCAUUGGAGAAAUCAAUAACAUGGGAAUCUGGUAUCGAGUGGGAGAGGUGCCUCAUCUUCAGUUAUCUCAGCAGAGAGCCAGCAACGUUAACAGUGAUACUUCAUCUGAAAUAGCCAGGAAGACCAUUGGCAGGCCAAGCUACGAUCACCAGAACAGUGGCAGCUACACAAUGACGGCCAUGGAUGGCGUACCCUUUGGGAUCGAUCAGAAGUUCUGUGAUAUGACAAAAGAGAUGCAGCGAGUCAAUUUAAUGGGCAUUACGAUCAAAUCCCUGGCACAGAUCGAGGAGGAAUUUUACUACAACUUCGGCACAGAGCGAAGCAUUGUUGCGUAACAUGCAACCGGAUGGACCACUCUGGCGGACAAAAGCAACAAUUGGGAACAGAAAAUGGUGAAAGCAAAGGGAAAUAAAUAAACAGUGAAUUUAUCUAAAAUGGUGUUUGAAAUGACUUUGUACAUCAUUUCAUAUUGUUG